CUUUUCAACUCGCACGUUUAUUACAUACCAUCUGCGUCGUAUUCUACAACAUUGUUGAGAAGGCAGGUAAUGCUAAUUAACCCUAAUUAACACCUCCGAGUCUAGCAGCAACUAGAAUUAGCUAGAUAGAGUGAGAAGAGUUUUAUUAUCUUCGAUCGACGCCAAUCAACACGAGUGCGGUCGGCCAUUUGUAGUCUUUAGUCUGUUAUCGUCGAUCCUCGCAGGUGCACACGCACAUUCGGAUUGUGCCGUGAGUGUUCUAUCGUUCACACGUUAAGUCCCACCACUUGUUUACUCAAGUUUGAUUAAUAGCUCAACAUGGUGCACCUCCCAAGCUUCGUCAGCCUCUUAUCAUAACAGCUCGCGUCGAGAACUGGGGCAACGAAUGUUCUCUUGUUAAGUAACGUGUUUUUUACUUUAAUCUUUUAAAUUUUCAAUAACUCGAGUUUUCUUUCAACGUUUGUUGUAAAUUGUGCUUCUUGCAAUAUCCCCUCAUAGAAUAAAGCAUACAAAAAUAAAGCAAAUUUAUAUUUGGGAUUUAAAUUCAACACAUGUUGCCAGUUCGUAAACCACAUCUCUUCUUACCAGCUUCAAUGACAUUGAUUUUAACUCUCUCGCUUUUAACUUUAAUUUUCUUUAAUUGAUUCUCUGUUUCCUUUUAGAUUCAUUAUAUUUUUAAUAUGGGCAGUGUUGGAUAAUUAAGUCGAUUAUCGCCAAGCGUCAAUCAGUUUGUGUAAGACCGGAUUAUCUUCAGUCUGACAGUGAAGAUACUAUUGUACAAAAGCAGAAUACAGAAGGUACCAUUGAAUUACAAAAUUACACAUUAUAUUAGCAUAUUUGUACAAAGGAUAAUAGAUCUUUGAUCGACCAAUAUUAUUGUGAAAAAGUGAAAAACAUUAUUAAUAGAUAUACUGAUUCAACGUUUAAAGACAAUAUUAAUUUUGUUUAAUUUUACAUUGUGAAAUCUACGGUGAAGACACCGACGUCCAUGAUCGAAAACGGAUCUCCACCGGAUAUGCGAAGCUGAGUGUACGCGCGAUAGGAAUAGAUGAAAUUGAGAGGCUUAAUCCGCCGAAAAUAGAUCUGUCGAACAUGGGGAAACAGUUUUUCUAAAAUAUUUAUACCGUUCUCAAGCUGUUUCAUUUUACAAUCCUACGCGAAUCUUCGCGCCAUCCGUUUCAUGUUUAUGUGCACUGAUAAAUCGCGCCAUUCCAGGACCUCAACGAACUCGAAAAGCAAUUAAACGGAGAGAUUAAAUAAAGUUGAGCAUAAAAACAAGAAUCAAGAUUAUCAUUUGUCGAAUCUCCUUGAAAUUAGAACUUUUCGAGACCUUUUGAAGGUCGCAAUUACAAUAUUAAGAUUAUUAAUUAAAAUAAUUGAUUAAUUAAACAGAAAGAUUAAAGUUGAACAUAAAAGCAAAAAUUAAUAAGACUAGCUAAUAUAAUCUUAUUAAUGCUAAUUUUAUUAAUAAGUGAACUCAUCCCACACGUCACAUACGAAGCUGUAAUCAUUAAAAUAUGAAUAGAGGAAGAAUUCGCCUUGCAUUCCAUUUAAGAGAAUAAAAUGGAUAUUGAACAAUGUAGCUUCUAUAUUUUUUUAAUGAGACGAAAAAGUGGAUGCGCAUGAAGAAUUCUUUUCUAGUCAAUUCGGAUAGAAGGGACGCGAAUUGAGAAGCGACCAUGAAUUCGAAGCAAGCAGAAACGUGGCUGGCGACAUUGUACAUCGGAUCCAUGGUGCUGUCCAUCACAUCCGUCAUAUCACUGGUGGUCACAUGGCAGCAUUGGCUAAUGACUUUAGACGGCUGCAUCGACGUCGAUUGCGGCUGUAUACUAUACGGUAUUAAUACGUUUCGCACGUUCCUCGGCGGUGACGAGAAGCUAUGCCAUUUUGCCGCGUACAGUCUCGUACCCGUCAUCGUAAUCAGCUUAUGUCUCGGUGCCUAUCACGGGUACAGGUGUUGCAUACACAAAAAUCUGGAUGAACCACGGCGAAUUAAUCGUGGACAAGUGUAUGAUGAUGACAGGAGAAACCUUAAUGGACACGUUGUGAUGACUGUGAAGAAAAGAGUUGCUUUUAAAUUGUGGAUGCCUAUCGGUUUCCUCGCAGCAUUCGUUUGCUGUCUGUCUCUCGCCCACGCGGUCGUGAUAACCGACGGUUAUUACAAAACUUGCGAACAAUACAGACGAAAUCUCAUUCAACUCCUGAAUUCAGGAGGCCGGGAGAAUCAAGCGAUUCACAACAGGUUGCCGUGCGGUGCGAUUUUCGAUUUCAUGGAUUACGUUCAGCCAGAUAGGAAUCACUGGAAUCGCGGCGAGAUGAACACCGCGAUCGCGCUUCAACUCGCAAUAUGCACGAGCUGGUUCAGUUUAUUCGCCUGGCUGACCGCGUGCUCGAUAAACUUUAUUAUGGCGAGGAAGAGACAGCGCAAUUUAGGAGAAAAAUUCUGCUGUUGUUGCUGCUAAGUGUUACCUAUAGCGAUAAACUUGACAGUAUUUAUGUAAAAUAUAAUAAGCAAAGAUUACCACUAAGGAAGUAUGACAGGACACAGUUGUGGUAUAAUUGACGCUCGUGGUAAUAGUAUACAUUUUAUUUAUAUAUUUUAUACAGAGAUAUAGUGUCUUCAAUAACUAUUUUCUUCAUAUGCCUAAUAUCAAAAAAUUAAAGACUCAUCCGUUCUGCCAUGGAAAAUAAUCGCGUUCAUCUCUCAUAUUCUAUAUAAUCGCAUUCUCUUUAUACAUUUUUACACGGUUUUUAUUACUAUAUUACACAUACACAUUGUAUACACAUUGGAACAAUAUUUUUGAUCGUCCUGAGGGUAAAAGUGUUUGCACUGUUAAACUUAGCAUAAACGCGUCAUUUCUUUUACAUUAUAUCUUUCCAAAAUAUGAUAAUUGCGUUGUUGUUACUUAUGACAAAUAAUAAAGAAAAAUACUGUAACACCUGUUAGUGCAGGCAGUGACGAAAUUCAAAUAUAACUAUUAAAAGUAUCUGUAAAA